UCGACUAAAAACAGGUUGGCGCGUGAGUGGCAGAGAGAAACUAUAUUUAGGUCCUGAAAUGAAACUGAAACGAAGACGUGUCUGGUUCAGUUCACUGGAGCUGCGUUGUUGGUCACGACCCUUAAACUUCAAGGCAUUAAAAUGAUGUCUACCGAUGAGGCUUUCUCCCUGGUCUCAGGGGGUCCUGAGUUUGAUUUGCACAGAGUCCUGAAAGAAAUAAGCAAAUGCAAAGCGACAUAUGAAAGUAUCCUCAGUGAUCAAAAAAUGCUUACUGAGGCCCGCGACACCAACGUGCACUACACCAAAGAGUUCAACCAGCGCUGUGCCACCAUGACACCAGCCCUGCAGGCUGAGAGGAAGAAACAAGGAGACAUCUUGGAAAAGGAGAAAAGGAAAGUCACUGCCCAGCUGGAGGAGCAGCACAGGCUCAAGUCAGAGGUUCAGAAUGUGCAGCAGGACAUUCAGCAAAUGGAGAAGACCAGCAUCAAUCUGAGACAGCAAACCGAUGUGUCUACUGCAGUGCCUGAGAGAAAAGUGGUUUUCAAGGGACAAACAUCUGACGGGGUGGAUUCCUCAGGCUUUGAAAUAAAGCCCAGAAUUGUGUAUCCCAUGGAAGGAGGCACCGCACUGAUCACCUUUGAGGAGGACACAGUGGCCCAGAAUAUCCUAAAGCUGAAGGACCAUGAGGUUCAGCUGGAGCAGAAACUCACUCUCAACGUGCAGGCCUUACCCGUACAUCUCCUGGUGCCUAGCUAUGUGGAGCUGGACACUCAGGUAUGUCCUCGCCGUGUCCUGGUGUCCAAUCUGCCCAAGAUGGAGGCUGAGGAUCGUAUCUUGGACAAACUGGAGAUCUACUUCUCCAAGAGAAAGAAUGGAGGUGGGGAGGUGGACGAGGCAGACAUGCUGCACGACUCUGGCAAUGUGGUCAUCACCUUCACAGAGAGCACCAUUGCCAAAGGCCUGACAGAUAAGCAGGACCAUGAGGUGGAGAUGGAGAAAGGGAAAAGGCACAAGGUUAAAGUGACUCCAUUCCUCAAUGGAAAGAUUGCCAACUUUCAGAUUCGUGACACCAUGUGCCGUCGCACCGUGCUGCUCACAGGCAUCCCGGCCAUCGCGGACCAGGACAGCCUGCAGGACCUGCUGGAGAUCCACUUCCAGAAGACCAGCAACGGUGGGGGAGAGGUGGACGCCAUCAUCUACAACCCUCUGGGCCAGCACACACUGGCUGUGUUUGACGAGGACUCUCCCACUGAAGCCCAGCGGCAAUAAAACGUCCCAGCUGUGUCUCUGACCACAGGCAGUGUGUUCUCAGGGGCUGCCAUUGGCUGCCAGGGGCCAGACUCUACAAUGGAUGGAAUAUCAGCUGCGCUGCCUGUUGGAGAAAACUUCAGUUAUCUCAUAAUUAUGUAUGGUGAUGUUUGUUUGGGUUAUUGUACCUCACAUAUUACAAUUCUUUUUUCUUUCAUUGUGUGAAACCUUUCUGGUCUCAGAGCAUCAUGGCUUAUACUAUGAAGAUAUAAUAUGACAAUUUUUCUUUCAGUUCUGCACUUUUUUUCCAGUGAUAAUGAUGACUAUUUAUCACGUGAAGAUUCUGUUGUACAAUGUCCAGAAAAUAAAUGCUUGUCCUGAGUUAACCAAGA